AUGACUGAUCACUUCGAGUAUGCCGAGGAUUACACUCUGGCACAGCGGGGUAUAAGGAGGAAAAAAGGUGAAAUCCCUCGGGGCAAAUCACUUGAUCCCAGAUCAACCGGCUUCCCAAAGGAGCAAAACCCAAGUGCAGGAGGAGGGAAGUCUCCUCCCAGCUGGCUUAAUGACCAUAUUAUUGGAUUCGCUUUUGAGUACUUUGCUAGUGUGUUCCAUGACUUCUCAGACCAAGUGUGUUUCGUCAGCCCAGAAGUCACUCAGUUCAUCAAGUGUACCACCAGCCCAGAGGAGAUCACCAUGUUCCUUCAGCCUCUUGACUUGCCCCACAAAAGAGUUAUAUUCUUACCCAUCAAUAAUAACUCUAAUCAAGCAGCUGGGGGAACUCAUUGGAGUUUGUUGGUUUAUCUCCAAGACAAAAAUAGAUUUUCUCAUUAUGAUUCACAUAGCAGGAGCAACUCUGUCCAUGCAAGACAGGUAGCAGGGAAACUGGAGGCCUUUUUGGGGAAAAGAGGGGACAAAGUAGCAUUUGUGGAAGAGAAAGCCCCUGCUCAACAAAACAGCUAUGAUUGUGGAAUGUACAUAAUUUGUAACACAGAGGCCUUGUGUCAGGGCUUCUUUAAGGGACAGCCGGAGUCAGGGCUGCAGCAUCUCAUGCCUAUGUAUAUCACGAGGAAGAGGGCAGAGUGGAAAGAGCUCAUCUCCAAACUUGCAAGAAAAUGA